AUGGGAGUAACAAAAAAACCUGACUUGAAUGAUCCUGUAUUAAGAGCUAAAUUGGCUAAAGGUAUGGGUCAUAAUUAUUAUGGAGAGCCCGCAUGGCCCAAUGAUCUUUUAUAUAUUUUUCCAGUAGUAAUUCUAGGUACUAUUGCAUGUAAUGUAGGCUUAGCCGUUUUAGAACCAUCAAUGAUUGGUGAACCGGCAGAUCCAUUUGCAACCCCUUUGGAAAUCUUACCUGAAUGGUAUUUCUUUCCUGUAUUUCAAAUACUUCGUACAGUGCCCAAUAAAUUGUUGGGGGUUCUUUUAAUGGUUUCAGUACCUGCGGGAUUAUUAAUAGUACCUUUUUUAGAGAAUGUUAAUAAAUUCCAAAAUCCAUUUCGCCGUCCAGUAGCGACGACUGUCUUUUUGAUUGGUACCGCAGUCGCCCUUUGGUUGGGCAUUGGUGCAACAUUACCUAUUGAUAAAUCCCUAACUUUAGGUCUUUUUUAA